CAUUAUACGAAAAAUGCUAUUAAUAAAUUUUUUCCUACAAAUUUAAUAUGAAAUUUAUCAUGUAGUAUAAUAAUGUAAAAAAUUUUUUAAAAAAAAGACCAUAAAAAAGAAAAAAAUUUUAAAAUUGAAUUUUAAAUCCAAACUAAAAUAAUAUAUUUAAUACUAUAUUUUGUGGACAUUUAUUAAAUUGUAUUAUUUAAUUAAUUAAUAUAGUAAUAUAGUAAUUUUAAUCAUAAAACUAGAAAUGAAUGUUCACAUUGAUAACAUAACCUAUCCUGUAUUGCUGAAUAUCUAGAUUAUAAGUUAAAGAAAGAUGAAACAUGGCAACGUAACGGCAAGAAAAUAUCUAAAAGCACUCAUUAUAACCAACAAGCGAAAACGUUCGGUAGUGAAAAUUACGACAUUUGGUUGUGUUAAGUGCAACGAUGAAUCGCAAAAGAUAGUCGAUAUUGAUGAAAAAAAGACAUAUAUGUAUAUUGCAAAUGAUCGACACCGUGUUCCGUCCAAUGAUAUAAUCUUCCUUGAAGUCAAGGAAAAUCUUGUGGCGCUGUUUCAACAGCUGAUCAACUGGCACAAUCUCCAAGCAAAAUUCUUGUUUCCAGUUAGCUAGGUGAUUCGCGAUAAACGAUGGCUGAAUAUGUAUUGAGAGUUAAAACGAAAUCAGGUCAAAAAGUCGUGAAUGGGUUGCUUCCGCAGGAUAAACUUGGCAAAUUACGAUCAAAACUUGUUGAAAUAACAGGAAUACCAGCAGAAGCACUUCAUGUUCUUGGUGGUUUUCCACCGAGGCCAAUUAAUCUGAAUGACGAAACGAAUUCGCUUGAAGUGUCCGGCAUCAUUUCAGGAGAUACCUUGAUUGUUGAAGAAAAAUCGCCACUUUAUAAUGGGAAACAGAAAUCAGAAGAAAUCGGACGAACACAUAUCAUUGACGAGAAAAAUUUCACGAAUACACCUGGUGUAUUAAUGAAGAAGGUCGUACCUGCAGAUAAUUCUUGCUUGUUUACCAGCGUUGGCUAUGUACUCAAUGGUAAAGUGGAUCCUAGCUGUUCAAAUUUUAUGAGAGAGAUUAUAGCAAAUGCAGUAGCAUCUGAUCCUGAAGAGUAUUCAGAAGCUUUUUUGGGCCAACCAAAUCCUGAAUAUUGUAAAUGGAUUUUAAAACCAGAAUCAUGGGGUGGAGCUAUAGAAUUGUCAAUAUUAUCUAAAUUUUAUGGAUUAGAGAUAGCAGUAAUUGAUAGUAUCAAUGCUAUAAUUAAUAGAUUUGGAGAAGAUCAACAUUAUCCUCAAAGAGUUUUUCUAAUAUUUGAUGGAAUUCAUUAUGAUCCUUUAUAUUUAGAACCACUUGAUGGUAGCAGCAUUCAAACAAUUUUUCCUACUGAAGAUGAGAAAAUAUUAUUUGAAGCAGCUGAACUUGCAAAAGAAGUAAAAUCUAGUCGUCAAUUCACAGACAUUCAAAAGUUUAUGUUAAUAUGCAAUGAUUGUAAAAUCAGAUUAAAUGGUCAUAUGGAGGCUCGGCAACAUGCCAAGGAAACAGGUCAUAUGAAUUUUGGAGAAGUAGCUGUGUAAUAACUAAAUUAAUUCUUCAAUAAUAAUCAAUCAUUUUUGAGUGGACUGCUAUUGAGAAUCCUACUAAAUUCAAGUCUCAAGCAGAAUUUUCUACCUAAACGAGGCUUGUAAGCAGAUCAGCUAUUUAAUAUUGAUACUUUGUUAUUAAUAUAAGAUGUAUGCAGUGCACUAUGAGGAUUGUUUAGAUAUGUAAUUUACACAGAUUUUUAAUUUUGUCUAAAGAUUGAUAUUUCUAAACAUCAAAAUUUAUAUAAUAACCUUUAUCACAAUAUAAA